GCCCCUCACUUCCCACUACCCCCGGUCUUCCGCCGUGAACGGCUGAACGCCAAUCGCCGGCGCGAGCGCGCGACCAUUCCCUUCCUCCCGCCGCGUCGGCCUCCACCUCCGCACGGACCGCACCUACUCCCCAGGUACCACCUCCCUCUUCUUUUUGACCGCGGCGCCGUCCUACCCCUAGUCCCUCUCCCCGGCCGCCGCUUCCACUGGAUAGGAUAAGCAGGGUCCGGCUCGUCGGGGCCCAAAUCCGGCCGCCGGAGCACGGAACAGCCCGGAUUGGUCCUCUUAGCUGACGCCGGAAGACCAACCUAUCGACCUCGCGCACGCUGGGAGGCUAGCCGUUGCCCUCGCUGCCUCCUCCGUCGGCGCGACUCGCAAGCAAGGCCGCGACCAGAAGCACGCCCAGCGGAGGCAUCUACACCACUGGCGCGAAACGUUCCAUCUCCAGCAGAGAAGAAAUUUCAGCUGCAAUCACUCUCCGGUCUUUCGCCAUGGAAAAUGCCUGCACAAGCCUCAACCAGGUGGCCCGCUCGGCGCGGCUGCUCAACAUCGACGGCUUCAGCCUGACCGCAGGCAUGGGCGGCGACUACUGCCUCAAGUCGUCAUGGACUGUCGAUGGGUACGAGCUGGAAGUCCUUAUCUAUCCGGGCACCACAUGGGUGGCUCUGAAACUCGUCUUCCUCAGCGAAGCCCGCACACAGUGGGGCGUGAGGGCGAGCAUGGCCUGUCAGCUGGUGGAUCUCAGCAGGGAGCUUGAACCGUAUCAUGAGUACGGUGUGUCAGAAACCUUCCAUCACCCCCAAGACUUCGGGGCACUGGUCUUCAUGGACAGAAAUAAGAUACCAUCCGGUUAUAUCAAGGAUGAUAUGCUGACUCUGCGAUGCGCGAUCACGGUACUCAAGGAGUUACCAGUGCCAACCAUCCCAGCUGAAGAAGUGGUCGCACCACCAUCCACCAACUUGCACCAGCACCUCGGCGAACUCCUGCAGAGCGAGAUGGGAGCCGAUGUCACUUUUCUUGCGUGCGACGAGUCGUUUGCUGCACACAAGUACAUACUUGCCACAAGGUCUCCGGUUUUCAAGGCCCGGUUCUUCGGAGACAUGAAGGACAAGUGCUCAGCACGCGUGGAGAUCAAGGACAUGGAGGCGGCGGCAUUCAGCGCCAUGCUGCACUUCAUCUACACUGACACGGUGCCUGAUCUUGACCGACCGCUCGAGGAGGUGACGACGAUGGCUCAACAUUUGCUUGUGGCCGCUGACAUGUAUGGGCUUGAGAGGCUCAAGCUGAUUUGUGAAAUAAAGCUCUCUGGUGGCAUCACUGUCGACGCCGCAGCGACCACUCUUGCUUUGGCGGAGCAGCACAGUCGCUUGAAGCUCAAGGCCAAAUGUCUCGAGUUUAUCGUCAGCACGCCUGCUGUUCUUGAGGCUGUGCUGGCGACAAAUGGGUAUAAGCACCUUGAAGAAAGCUGCCCUUUGGUCCUCACCGAGCUUCUCAAGUCUGUCCAUGUGAGUAAGAGUUGAAGGGUAGCAUAGUGCAUAGUCUCUUUUUGUGCUUGCAUCCAUGUGUGGUGUAGUAAAGCUUAUGUCUGCAUUUACGUAAAAUGGAAAACUUGUGUGCAUCUAUAUAUGUUAUGUUAUAAGCAACUUAACGCUUUCAUUGCUCCUCCAGUUUAGAUGUAAUUUAGUAUAACGUCGUCCAAGAUUUGGUUGAAUGCUUGUCCAAAUUAGUACAAGGUGAUAAAUAAAGUUGGAUGAUCCAGAGCGUG